GUAAUUUCUAACACCCACACACUUAAAAAAAGCCAACCCCAACCCAAACUCCACAUGGGAUUUUCUUUAGCUUUUCUCCUUGAUUCCCUUUAAAGCUUUCCCCCCACCCACUCCCUCUCUCCCACUCCCUCCGUUUUAUCUUACCACAAAAAAAAAAAAACACGCACUCACACACUAAUCCCGUUCUUCAUUCAUACUCUCCCACCUUCAUUUCACUCGUAACUAUUCAUCGUCUGAAUUCAAUUCCAUCUUUUUUUUCUUCGUUUUCCUGAAUUCGUUUAGAAUCCAAAGGACGAUUCAUUGAGAUUUAAGAUCAUUCCGUUAUUCUUGAUUCCAUUCAAAUUCUAAUUAUGGCGUCGUUAUCAGCAAAGAUGGUGGCGAGCACAGUAACCAAUAACAAUAAUUCUGACAGAUCAAUCUCGCGCCGGAAAAAGAAAAAGAAGAAUUUGAAUUCCGUCAGAGACCGGCCUGAUCACGCCGCUCCGGCCGCCGUCUCCACCCCAUGGAAAUCGGAUACUCAGCAACAAGUUUAUUCCUCCAAGCUUCUCCAAGCUCUCCGCCAGGUGAGAAGCGCGUCGCCGAAGCGCGGCCGUGCGGUGCGGGAAGCGGCGGACAGAGUUCUGGCGGUGGCGGCGAAAGGAAGAACGCGGUGGAGCCGAGCGAUUCUGACGAAUAAGGUUAAGCUCAAGUUUAUGAAGAAGGCCGGGAGCCGGAUGAUGAGGCAGAAUAGGGCGGCGGAGGGUACGACGACGGUGAUUACAACGACGUCGUCGAGUGGCGGCGGCAGCCGGUGGCAGAAGAAGAAGCCGAGGGUGUCGGUUUUGAGGCUGAAAUCGAAGGGAUUACCGGCGUUUCAGAGGAAAGCUCGGGUUCUCGGCCGGUUGGUUCCCGGUUGCCGGAAACAGCCUCUUCCGGUGAUUCUUGAGGAAGCUACUGAUUACAUCGCGGCUCUGGAGAUGCAAGUUCGAGCCAUGAGCGCCUUAGCCGACUUGCUUUCCGGCGCGUCGUCGUCAAAUCAUCCACCAGCUAGUUAAUCCAUUCUACUUUGCUCUGUUUUUAUUAAUUUUUUUUAUAAAAGAAAAAAAGGAAAAAAAAAUAUUUUGGUUUUCUUUGAAACUCAAAUAUUUCUCUUUUUAUUGUCCCUUGUUAAUAUUCUCUUGUAGCAUAUAUAUUUCUUUUAAUUCUUAUAAUUUUCCUCUUCAAGUGUAAUUGUAAUGAGGUAUUGGCUUAAGGAACCUAAGAAAGAAAAAAACAUGAGGGAAAAAAAAAGAUGAGUUAAUAUAAAUAAUUUUUUAAUAGUAGUAUUUGGGAAGCACCAAAGUCACUUGUUAUGAGGUUGAACACUAUUCUUUUCUUUUUUUUUGUUCUAGUAUAUUUUUGAGAUGCGCUAUGGCUAAUUAGUAGAAAUUCAUUUUAUUUCCCAAUUCCCAUAUUAUUAUCGUGAAGGGAAUAAUUAAGUGUAUGUACAUAUUUUUACAUUUUAUUCAUCAUAUUCCUCAUUGUGAAUAUCAUCAAUAUUUUUCGAUUGCUUCA